AUGACCGUCUCCAACGGAAGCAGUGGCGCUCGCCGCCCCCUCCCCGUCGGCAUCUACGCCCCCACCAUGACCUUCUUCGACCCCGAGACGGAAGAUCUCGACAUCCCUACCAUCAAGAAGCACGCCGAGCGCCUGGCCAAGGCUGGUCUUGCCGGUCUGGUCGUCAUGGGUUCCAACGGAGAGGCUGCCCACUGCACACGCGAGGAGAAGCUGGCCGUGACCAAGGCCACCCGUGAGGCUCUUGACGCUGCCGGCUUCCAGAGCACCCCCAUCAUUCUCGGUGCCACCGAGGGCAGUGUCCGCGGCACCAUUGAGCUCUCCAAGGCCGCCCUCGAGGUCGGCGCCGACUACUCCCUCAUCCUUCCCCCCUCGUACUUCCGCGCCCAAAUGGACGAGCAGGCCAUCUACGACUACUUCAUCGCCGUCGCCGACCAGAGCCCCAUCCCCCUUGUCCUCUACAACUACCCCGGCGCCGUCUCCGGCAUCGACAUGGACAGCGACCUGCUCAUCAAGCUGGCGGAGCACCCCAACAUCGUCGGCACAAAGUUCACCUGCGGCAACACGGGCAAGCUCACCCGCGUAGCCCUCGCCACCAACGCAAAGACCCCUUGGUCAGAAGGCUCCGGCUACAUGGCCUUUGGCGGCAUAUGCGACUUCACGGCCCAGACCCUCGCCAGCGGCGGCAGCGGCAUCAUCGCCGGCGGUGCCAAUGUCAUGCCCAAGGUCUGCGUCAAGGUGUGGAACCUCUACUCGGAGGGCAAGAGGGACGAGGCCAUUGAGCUCCAGAAGAAGCUCAGCCGGGGCGACUGGUUCCUGACAAAGGCUGCCAUCGCGGGCACCAAGGGCGCCAUCCAGAGCUACUACGGCUACGGAGGCUUCCCAAGACGGCCUCUGAGACGUCUGGAGAAGGCCCGUACCCUUUCUAUUGAGGAGGGCAUCAAGGAGGUCAUGGACAUUGAGAACUCCCUCUAA